GUCGGAGUUGUAGCGCAGAACGACCCCUCCCCAUUGUGCCCCUCCAUGAUUUUGCAUACCUACUUACAUUGUAAAAUCUUAACAAUAGAUUCAAAAAGAAACUCACUGCGAUGCUUACCUUAACGCUUACUGCAGAACUUUCUGGGUCAGUAUCCACAGACUCUUCUAGUUUUACAUAGUCAGGGGCUAACACUUUUACUGCAUACAGCGUGAAUGAGCUUGUCCCCGAUGACAGCGCAGAGAAGAAUUUCUGGUAUACCUUUAAAGUACAAUGUGUAUCAUGCCGAGAAACUCACCCAAACUUCAUAAACAUCAACAGAUUUGUGAGUUUGGUCAAGCAUCCUAAUAUCUCCAUUUCUCCGAGACUAACGUGAAUUUCAGGAAGCAAAUGAAAUGAGCGGUAGCAGAGGAGAGGCGAACUUUGUAUGGAAAUGCAAGUUUUGCAAGGUUUGUGAUUCACAUCAUCAGUAUAUCACGAAUCAGAAGUACUGAUUUCGUAUAUAGAAAGAAUCAUCUGCAUCAGUCAUAUCGACGCCCGUUCCAUAUCAAGCAGCUUCUCCACCAACCCGUCAGAAGAUCCUAGAAUUUGAUUGUCGAGGUCUUGAACUGGUAGAAUUCAAGCCAGAGGUAAGCAUUGCUUCCUUGAAGUAACAAUUUUCGUAUCUGUAGCUCAUGUCAUUGUUUCUCUUAGGGAGAUUGGUUGGCUGUUGGAACAGAAAGUGGUACUAAGUUUACUGCCAUUGAUUUGAAUGAUGGGGAAUGGUAUGAUUAUGAUGAUAAAGCAGGAGAAGAAGUUAUUAUCAAGGAUUUGAAAUGGGAAAUUCGAAGAAACUGAGAUCAGAUGUGAUGAGAUCAAAGAACCAAGAAGCAAAUGUAAUGAAUGUUAUGAAUGGAUUGGUAAAGUCGCCUGCAGCUUGUCUAGCUCUGGAUUUGGUGCUGAAGCGAUGAGAAUAUUUUAUACCUACUUAUAAGAACAAUUUGGAUCAAUAUUUGAUGUCAAACCCAACUUAAAAUGUGAUGCAACGAUUCU